CACAUCCUGGCUGGGGCAAGGCUUAUGCUACAUGCAUUUAGGCAAGAGGGGUUUUACUCAGAGGACUGAGAACACUGCCGAGGCAGAGGAAUGGAGCGCCUGGCCUCCUUCGGUAAUGACCCUUUUGAUAAGCCUCCAUGCCGAGGUUGCUCAUCGUACCUCACAGAGCCCUAUGUGAAGUGUGCUGAGUGUGGGCCUCCUCCCUUCCUCCUCUGCUUGCAGUGUUUCACCCGAGGAUUUGAAUACAAGAAACAUCAAAGUGAUCACACUUACGAGAUAAUGACUUCAGAUUUCCCUGUCUUGGAUCCUAACUGGACAGCUCAAGAGGAAAUGGCACUCCUAGAAGCUGUGAUGGACUGUGGAUUUGGAAACUGGCAGGACGUAGCCAACCAGAUGUGUACAAAAUCCAAGGAGGAGUGUGAGAAACAUUAUAUGAAACACUUUAUCAACAACCCCUUGUUUGCAUCUACAUUACUGAACCUGAAGCAGGCCGAGGAGGCGCAGCACAACGAAACAGCCAUUCCUUUCCACCCUGCUGAUGAUCCCCCACGGCCUACUUUUGAUUCCUUGCUCUCCAGGGAUAUGGCUGGGUACAUGCCAGCAAGAGCCGACUUUGUUGAGGAGUUUGACAACUAUGCUGAAUGGGAUCUGAGAGAUAUUGAUUUUGUAGAAGAUGAUUCAGACAUUUUGCAUGCUCUGAAGAUUGCAGUUGUAGAUAUCUACCAUUCCAGGUUAAAGGAAAGACAGAGAAGAAAAAAGAUUAUAAGAGAUCACGGCCUCAUCAACCUCAGGAAAUUUCAGAUUCUGGAAAGGAGGUAUCCAAAGGAGGUUCAAGACCUUUAUGAAACAAUGCGACGGUUCGCCCGGAUUCUCGGCCCAGUGGAGCAUGAUAAGUUCAUUGAAAGCCAUGCCUUGGAAUUUGAGCUGCGAAGGGAAAUAAAGCGACUGCAGGAAUACAGAGCAAAAAAAAAAAUCACCAACUUCUGCAGUGCCAGGACAUACGACCACCUGAAGAAGACAAGGGAUGAGGAGCGCCUGAAGCGCACGAUGCUCUCUGAGGUCCUGCAGUACAUCCAGGACAGCAGUGCCUGCCAGCAGUGGCUCAGUCGCCAAGCUGACAUUGAUUCCGGCCUGACCCCCACGGUCCCAGUUCCUUCAAAUUCAGGCAGACGGAGCGCGCCACCGCUGAACCUCACUGGCCUCCCAGGGACAGAGAAACUUAACGAGAAGGAGAAGGAGCUCUGUCAGAUGGUGAGGUUGGUCCCUGGAGCCUACUUAGAAUAUAAAGCUGCUUUAGUGAACGAGUGUAACAAACAAGGAGGCCUGAGACUGGCGCAGGCCAGAGCACUCAUCAAGAUCGAUGUGAACAAGACCAGGAAAAUCUAUGACUUCCUGAUCAGGGAAGGGUACAUCACCAAAGCCUGAGGACAGACAUGGGCGCUUGGGCUGGAGCAGACCGAUGUGGAGCAGCUUUGAAGCCACUCUGACAGCGCUGAAAGGUUUUCACAGUGUUGAAUGAAGGACAUUUCCUUUUGUUUAAAAUCUUUUGGGGCUUUUUUUUUUGGUAAAAACAAGCAGGGAGCUGUGUUAAAUUGUACGAAAACUGACAUCUCUUUGUCUGGUUUCCUUUUGCCUCUGCUGUUUAACACUGCUGUUGUCAGAAUUCCGCUGCCACGUAGCGC